GAAAAGUACACUUACAGGCACAAUUUUGAGAGACUUGAUCACCUUGUCCUGACUUAUAGUUUUUAUGUAGAUAGUACAGUAUCGUUUUUCAGCGUCUGGAGUUGGAAAGGCUUUUCACAUUGCCCGGUAUUGAGAUUGCAAGCCUAGCCAAAGAAGCACUGUUACGGUUACAGCUUGCCAGAAUUGUGAUCCCGAGCAGUAUGGCAUUGAGGCUGCUUGCAAUCAAGGUUUUCGUCGGACUGACUAUUCUCAUCACAGAACUGCAGGCCUUGAAAUAUGCACUGUAUUUCAACUGUAACACCAGCGCUGGGGAAUACUUGAUCAGCUCACAGGACUGGCCGCGUGUGACCAGCAUGGCAGCAGCUAGCAAUAGAUGCACAACUACAGGGAACAGCCAUCCGAUUGUUAGUACAGCUGGAAAGGAACUGUGUGUUUCAAUGUAUUUGAGCCACAUCAACAGCAGACUUCAGACCAAUGUUGGAGCAUACAGUUCCACGGGAUGCACUCCGAACUCUUCACUGUGUUCGCCUUCGGCCAUAGUUAUCUGCCAAUCAUCUCGUCAUGACGCAAGAAUCGGCGGCAAUCAAUGUCUGAAGAACUUGACACUGAGUAACGGACUAGUAACAUAUCCAUCUGGCGUCAUCUUUCCCUCUCAAGCCCUGUAUGACUGUAAUGUGGGCUACAGGAAUACUGGUGCAAGCUACGCUGUCUGUAACACACUAGGCAAUUGGGAUAAAGCCAAAGGAAAUUGCCAAGCGCUAAAUUGCCAAGCACCAGGAAUCCCAAAUGGUCAAAUGAUGGGAGUGCCGCCAAUGUUCCAACCGGUUUGCUUUGAUGGUUUUACCCGCGUUGGACCAGACAUCGUCUAUUGUUCAAGCGACACGAACACAACCCAACUUCCGAACUGCACAGCGCUAAAUUGCCAAGCACCAGGAAUCCUAAAUGGCCAAAUGAUGGGAGCGCCGCCAAUGUUCCAACCGGUUUGCUUUGAUGGUUUUGCCCGGGUUGGACCAGACAUGGUCUAUUGUUCAAGCGACACGAACACAACCCAACUUCCGAACUGCACAGCAUAUUCCGGGAAGUGUGCUGCUUCUACUCUCGAUAAUGGGUACAUAAAAGAAGGGAGUGACGGGUUGGCAGUUCGAGAGCUUUUCUGCAAUGCCGGUUAUCGACUUCACACUUCAGCCAACUACACUUGUGUUUCCACAACGAUAUCAAAAAGGAUUGUUUCGUGUAAGAAACUCGUUUGCAAUUCUUCGACACUUGUCAUUGAGAAUGGACAUCUUCAACCAGCUGAAGGUGUCAUCAACGAACAAGCUAGGGUUUUAUGCAAUACGGGUUUCUCUUUGGCUGGUUCUGGUAUAGCCACCUGCGGGGUGUCCGGCACGUGGAAGAGUAACUCAACAUGCAAAGGUGAUUCAUGCGCUGCUCCUAACAUUCCGAACAGCAACAUAUCAGGGAUACAAGCUACAACAGGUCAAUUGCAUUAUGUUGGCUGCGAAGAUGGCUACAAAUUGGAAGGCAGCGCUACAAUCGCGUGCAGCGCUCCAGACUUGUGGACACCUUUUCCACAUUGUACACGUGAUUCGUGCACUGCUCCUAACAUUCCGAACAGCAACAUAUCGGGAUUACAAGCUACAACAGGUGAAGUGCACUAUGUUGGCUGCGAAGGUGGCUACAAUUUGGAAGGCAACGCAACUAUAGCAUGCAGCGCUCCAGACUUGUGGACAACUCUUCCACGUUGCGAACCUGUGGUUUGCGAUUUUCUACCGACAUUCAACAAUGGAUUAGUGAUUGUUGGGCACACUGAAGCAAAGUUUGGUACUUUUGCAAUGAUGGUAUGUGAUCCCAAGUACGAGCUCCAAGGAAACAGAACCGUCAUGUGCGACAAGAAUGGAUCUUGGGCGUCCACAGGUCAAACGUGCAAAGAGAUCAUGAUCUCAAGGGCCGAUUCUAACACCACCGAAACAGCAGCUUUAAGUGGUACCGUCGGAUUUCUAGCAGGUGUGAUUUUAUCAAUUCUGAUGUCAGUAAUCUUGAAAAGGCUUCGUCGACCACAGCAAGACAUCCUAACAGAUCACAAUACCGGUAAACGGAAUAAACAGCCCCGUGCAACUGCGCUAAGCGCCACCGAGAUGUACGGAACAGUUCAAGUCUUGAACACAAACGACGCAUAUGGAAUAGCGGAGGUGCCGAACGAAAACGUCGCAUACGAAGCAGUGAAUGGAAACCAAAUGCCACAAGACGUUAUCUACGAACAACUUGGUGAUUCCGAGCUCUAACAAAUAGGCUUAAUUCCCCCAUCCGACAUCGUUGCCAUUCGAUCUGCUUAUAGCUGUCGAAUUCCCUUUCUUUAAUAAUACACCGACCAGGACAAUGAAGUACUUUUGUUUAAUGCUCUUACGGUAGAAUUAUCAAGAUAAAGGAAGAAACUGAAGCGUUCUGUGAUGUCCUGAAUGUCCAUGACCGCCUUUGCUUACUGUCUUGGUUAGGUUUUUACCAAUGCGAUUACUCAUGUAUUAUAACUGUUACGCUUUCGGCGUUUGCCCAUGCAUUCAAAACGUCUUUGAAGUUUUUACUCCACGCACAUCCUUCAAUAUCUUCACUGCUAAUGACUUUCUCUCCCUAAACCUCGGUACAAUACAUGGUUCAAGUUUCCUGCAUUCUGGUAAGCACUCUAACCCUUUAAAUUUUCAAUUUCCCAUUCCCGUAUGUGUUUCCACUCUGGCUGGUACUUGAUAUCAUUUUUCCGCCCAGGUGCAUUCUGCUCUUACGCAGAUAUCGCCAGAUGCACAUACUACAAGUCAU